AUGAAGCCCAUCAAGCCAUCCAAUAUUUCCUACUCUUCUUCUUCUACGAACUUUUCUUCAUCCACUUCAGAUCCAUCAUCUAAUAUCUCCAUUCCUCCAGCGAUAUACACAAACAAUGUGUUAAAUAACAAUAACUCUAUUCCCCCAAGUCUCCCCAGCAUUUCCACUAUUCUCCAACAACCUCUCCUUCUAUUACCAAUAACAAGCACAAGAACCCACAACCCCAUCACACGUCUCCCAACCAGAAAUCCCGCUUCCAGCGCCGCGGUAGUAUCAAAUACCUCUACCACCACAAAAGGUCUAGUGUCGACCCAAAGAACCAAAGUCAUCAAAACAUUCAUCUCCCCGAAAGGCAGUACAAAAAUCAUCCUAAUUAUCACUAUCACUACAAUGCAAGAACCAGUUUUAGACAAGGAAAAAAAUUCAUGGGUUAUGCGACGCACGACUGAAAUUCGAAAAGUGAUGGUUAGAAAGCGAUUGCGACCUGAUUCCAACGAUAAGAAAAAUGUUAUCGUCAAACGCAAUACGAGAAAUCCUAGAGGAAAGGGGAAAAAGGGGCCAAAGAAGGGAGACUUCAAUUCAAUGUGA